CUUCGAUUCUUCUUUUACUUCACCUAAUUCCACCAUCAGCACAAGGUCGCAAGAGACCUGGGAAAAUGUCGGCAUCUCAAGCUGAAAAACACAUUGUGAUCUUCAAAAAGGCAGGGACUAACAUACAGGAACAUCUUGAUUCAAUUAAAGAGAGCACCCAGCCCUACCUGCUUGCUGUCGGGACAAAGAAAAGCAGCAUUCAUGGAUACUACAUCAUCCUCGACAAAAAGCCAUACCAUGCAAGUCAGUGAGUGGUCUUGCUGCCUUCGAUGAACUGUUCAAAGCCCACUUUGUGUUUGGUGCCUCAUACAAUAAGGUGCUUCACAACAUGUACACCUUCAUACAAACAACCGUUUUUGAGAUUGACAUUGGCAAAGUGAAAGAGAGUCCAAGGGUUGCUGAGCUCCGAGCCAGAUUCAUGCAUUAGAGGUGAUUGCCAGCUAAAAUGAUUUGUUUUGUUUGCUCUUGCUGCCUGGAGAACACAAAUUUGCUAGUUCGACAUCUAAAACUAAUUCAUGGUCUGUUUUCUGGCAAAUCACUUCGUCUAAAAUGUGGACAGGCAGGAUGCUGUUUAGAAUUUGGAACAUAUUCUGGGUUCCGCAAACAUUUAAAUAGAGUUCAUGAAGCAAGUAAUGAAGUUCCAUUACAUGUUCAAGAUAGUGCUGUUCAUGAAGCAGUUGUUGGGCAAUCUAGUAGUAUUGAUGUGGCUAAAUCUUCAAAUGUCAGUUCCCUGCCAAUAUCCAGUAAAAACACCACGGAUAUGUGUGCAUCAGCAAUAGCACAACUGCAAGCUGCAGGUGUAAGUCAGACUACUAUUAAUACGUUUGUUAUGUCUAUGAAAGUAGUAGUUCAGGACAUCCAGGACCAAGUAAAAGAGACUGCUCUUUGUUGCUUAUCCUCACAGAACACAGACAUUAAAAAUGAAGUUGAACAGUCAUUUGAGACAAUUGAAAACCCUUUUACCUCACUUAAUUCCAUGUCUAAACGAAACUCAUAUUUUUCAAGGAAAUGGGGAAUUGUCCAGCCUGUUCAGAAAGUACUUGGUGUCAGAUUUGACAAUAGAAAAAACAAGUCUACUGGAUUAUAUGAGCAAGUUCCAGUGACUGACAAAUUUGCCUAUGUCCCAAUUCUUCAAACCUUACAGAGCAUUUUAAUGCACCCAAAGACCUCAUUCAGGUUUAAGUCAGGUGUACCUAAUAAAGAUGGUAUUUACUGUGAUAUUGAAGAUGGACUAUACAUAAAGAGCCACCCCCUGUUUUCCACUGAAAAAAAUGCACUUCAGAUUCAAAUGUUUUACGAUGAUUUUGAAUGUGCCAAUCCAUUAGGGUCAAAAAAGGCAUCCACAAAUUGGGAGGUAUAUAUUUUACUUUAAGAAAUUUCCCACCACAAUUUAAUUCGUCUUUAGCCAACAUACACUUAUGUGCACUUUUUCAUUCCCAAGACAUAAAAACAUAUGGAUUUGAUUCAAUUUUAGAACCUAUUGUCAAUGACAUAAAAGUUCUGGAGUCCACAGGAAUAGAAGGACCCUCUGGUUUUGUGCGUGGCAGUAUUGUCCAAAUAACAGGAGAUAAUCUUGGUUUGCACUGCCUUUUUGGAUUUGUUGAAUCUUUUCGAGCUCGGAAUAGCUGUAGGUUUUGCCUUACUGAAAGGGAAGAUUAUCAAACUGUGUUCUGUGAAGAUGAGUCGAAUGUUAUUUUUCGCACUAAAGAGACACACUUGCGACACUGUGAAGCUAUACAAGCAGACCCAACACUACCUCAUGUUUAUGGUGUAAAGCGCACAUGUUUGCUGAACUCUCUGCAGUACUUCAAUAUAUCAGACAAUUUUUCUGUAGAUGUAAUGCAUGAUGUUUUAGAAGGCAUUGCACAGUUUGAAUUAAAACUUGUUUUGCGUUAUGUACAAGCUCAUUUUUUGACAGCAAAAGAGUUAGAUGGAAGAUUGCAUUCAUUUAAUUAUGGGUACAUGGAGAGGAGAAAUCGGCCUCCUGCUGUAAAACUUGAUGAUGAGAGCAAUGAUUUGGGCAUAAACGCAAUACAGUGUUGGUGUCUACUCCGUAAUGUGCCACUCAUUUUUGGUGACAUUGUGCCCCAAGAUGAUGAACACUGGCAGCUACUAUUACUGUUACUACAAAUUGUAAACAUUGUAUUUUCUCCUGUUUUAACUGAGGGCCUUACUGUGUAUUUGAAACACUUAAUUGCUGAGCAUCACAGGCUUUUCAAGUGCUUGUUUCCAGACAGAAACCUCCUGCCUAAGCAUCACCUAAUGAUGCAUUACCCCCGGUGUAUACGCAAUAUUGGGCCCAUUGUUCACAUGUGGUCAAUGCGCUUUGAGUCAAAGCAUAAUUUUUUUUAAGACACAGCAAAAGUGUUUUAAAAACAUUACUCUGACUCUUGCAAAAAAACACCAGAAUAGCAUGGCAUAUACAUGGGAAACCUUCAAUCAUGACAGAAUAGUGCUUGGACCAGGAAAGACUGUUUCUCUCUGUGACUUAAGUGAAAAUGUACAAAUUGCAUCCAAGUUGAAUAUUCCUCCGCAAACAGAUGUUCUCUCAGUUAAAUGGGUGAAGUAUAAUGGAACUGAAUACCGUUCUGGUUUAAUUAUUUGUGGUGAAGUAGACAUUGAUUUGCCAGUGUUUUAUAAAAUCAAAGAUAUUGUUGUUAGAAAUGAAUUUGUGGUACUGGUUGCAUCACCACUCAAAACUGUUUGCUUUGAUGAUCAUUGUUAUGCCUACAGAAUUGAACCAAGACACUGUGAAUCCUUGAAAGUGUUCAAUGUCACUGAACUAAUUUAUUACAAACCUUUUGAUAUGCAAAUGUCUUAUGGGUCUGAUAAUUUCUUUUGGUUUGUUGUACCUUACUGCAGUCUUGUUAACACUUAGCUGUCAAUGCAGGUUUUAUUUCAAAAUUGAUGUUUUCAUAUUUUAUCAUUUUAUAUGUAAUUUUAUGACAAGUCGAACUGUACAUGUUUUAAAGUAGCCACUUUGCCCAUUUUGUAAAUAAACAUUUAAAUGUUUACAUCUGUGUAAAGAAUUUUUUUAAUAUUUGAAUGCAUUUUUUAAUACAUAUUUUGCACCAAAUAAGAACACUAUGAAUAACACUUAACAGAGUAAUCUAAAUAAAAAAUAACACCAGAGGUGUUAAGUGCCCCAUAGUGUUAAACUUACAGUACAAUAACAAGUGUAAAUAAAUACUCUCUCAGUGUUGUUUUUUAACACUUUAUGGUGCUUUAUUUACACUAUAAGUUCUACACUACAGUCAGUGUUAUUUUUACUCUCGAUAGAGUGGGACCAUAUGUGCUCCAAAGAAGUGUUAAAAUUAACUCUUUAAGUGUUAUGUUG